AUGCCGUUUCCGUUCUUCGCGUUUCUUGCCCUGUGGGUCUGCGGACAUGCAGAUCGUCCUGGGGAACAUUCCUUGAUGGUGGAGCUUGCCAAGAGAGCCCACGGCAAUCACUGUCAGGAUCACAUCUUGGAGAGCAUUGAAGCAAAGAUGGGUGCCAAUCGCAAGGAGUGGAUUGAGGGUCAGAGCAUUGGAUUUGAGGCUGCGUUGCGUCCUCUAUUUGCUGUCCUUCCACAUACACCCACAGGAGGUUUGACAGCCAAUGCAGCGAGGUAUGCCUUACAUCGUGUCUUUGUCGAUGCCAGAGGUUGGAAUGUGAACGGCCUCGAGGAAUCCAAGUUGUACGCGUUAAGCCUCGCCCAGAACGGCCCGGCUGAGCUUCCACCUUUGCACCGUAUCCUUCAAGGUGAAGUUCCUCAAGAAGUGGAAUCAGCCUUCGAGAAGUGCUCAGCUGAUAUUGGUGUUCAGGAGUUGGCAUUGCUGGCAGCGACCCUCGAUGAACUGGUACACCAAGAGGUGCUGCAACAAGUCAAGGCCGUGUUCAAGGCCAAAAAGCUGCCCAUGUUCGGCCACAUUGACGACCAACAGCUGCAGAAGGUUCUUGAGCAAGUCAUGAUUGGUUACAUUUGCGAUGCUGCGGGAAUUGUUAGCCCUGAACGGGAGAAGUACAUUGAUGGAAAGCUCGACAUCAAGGAGAAGUAUCCUUCAUGGCUCAACCUGCAGAACUUCCUUCAUAGCAUUCAAGAAGUGGUGCUUCCAACACAGGCAACCCGUGUUGACUUCGAGGACUUGACCAAUGUCAUCAAGGAGUUGAAUGAACACUACGGUCGGUGGCAAAAUGGAGAGUGUCAAGUGCUAUCACAGGAGCUUCGCCAACUCGAGUCCGAAUGCCCAGGACACGUGCCGCUGCGGGACUUCUACUCCAGUCACUUCAGUCGAGGCAACUGGCAAUUUACCGAGAGCGUGGCAUACUUGCGUUCACUCGGUGCGUUGGAAGAAAGCCAACGCGAAAAGCCCAAACUGAUUUCAACCAAUUAUGUCCUUGGGGCCAACAAUUGCGUGGCAACAUCAAAGUAUUAUUCGCAAUGCUGCCUGAACCAAUGUGACGGGCACCUACGGAAGUUGGAAAAGGCUGUGGCCAAGUCAGAAGUUGCCCCAGAUGAUCUGCAGGCGGCUGUGAAGGCUGUCUUGCCAGAGCCAGACAUGCCAGCACUUGUUUCGAAGAAGCUGGUGGAGAUCUCACAGAAGCCAGGGCAGGCCGGUCGGGUUGCACUUCAUGGUCUACCCUUUGCAGAAUGGCUGCACCAUGCUUAUCCUCGAGAGUGCCCUGCUCCCAAAAUCCACAAUCUACCAGAAGAGCUUCCAGGGCAUUUUGAAACUCGCAAUGGCAAGUCCCCUGCUUUCUCUGAUGAAGACAUGGAGGCCUAUCUGAAGAAACUGCCGGAAGUUGAUCGUGAUCAAGAAUGCCAUAUCGCUUGGACUGAAGAGCCUGUCGAGACUUGGACUAUGGAGUCUCCAGUGGAGUCUCGCAGGUUGCUUGAAGUGACAGCCCCAUUUUCUUCCCUUUGGGUGUGUGCUUGCGUUGGCAUGCUCCUUGGUGGCUUGGUCGCUUCCCGGUUCACGUCCAAGAACCCACAAGCUUCCAAUGAGAGUCAAGAAACCAUGACAGCCUGA